AAGUUGUAUCAUGAAUACUUAUCGAUUAUUCACGAUCUAUGAGUGAUAUUUUGCAGUUGUCAUGCCAAUCGUUCCAUAAUUGACUGCACUGUAGACUACUUCUUCGAUCCUCAUUCUAAUUCUCACUGUUUAGUGCGGAGCCAUGUCCUUUUCCUCUAGGUCAAGCAGUGGGAAAGGGAAACCUCUAAAUAAGAGAAUCCCUGAGAACCCGAAAUAUAAGCACAUCAAAUCAUCAAUUGACACAGGAGCAAGUGUGUCGAAAUACGUUGAGCGCCUAGAAGAGAUGAAGAGAAAUUACAGGUAUCGCAAUGAUGAGAUUUUCAAACGGCUAAAAGUUACAACAUUUGCACAGCUGAUUUUGCAAGUAGCUGAAGUUGAUGAUGUGGAAAGUCCUGUUCCUUCGGAUAGCAUUGUUAGUAAUAGCCCAAUUAUCUCCCCUGCACAUUUUAUAGCAGAUUAUCCUGAGUCUCCACCUGAUACAGCGAGAUCCACUUUAUCAAGUGUGAUAUCUGGAGUUGGUGAAUUGGACAUCAUCAGCCAUGGUAGCAAUAUUUCUCCACCCAGUACACCUGUUCAUGAACCUGCCUCAUAUCCAUACUUAUUACUGGAUGUGAGAUGUAAGGAAGACUAUGAUCAAUGCCAUAUCAUUAGUGCGAAGAACUACCCUGUCGCAAUGCUCUCAAGAUCUUGUAACUACUUCACAAAGGACAUCCUUGACUAUCAAAACAAACCUGGAAAGAUUAUUGUAUUGUACGAUGAGGAUGAGAGAAUUGCUCCAAACGCAGCCACUACGUUUGUGCAGAGAGGAAUUGAUAAUGUGUUUAUGCUCUCAGGAGGUAUAAAAGUCUUGUACAAGACAUUCCCAGAAGGGAUGCUGUCUGGAGUGGUUCCAGGUGGUUGUAAAAUAACUUCUGCUGGUUCAGGACGAACAAAAGCUUUAACAUUUUCAUUGUCCGCUAAAGGUAGUGCGGUGCAUAGGGAUACCUUCACUCUGGGAGAUCUAUCAGGAAUUCAAGACAAGCUUGAUGAUGCAUUUUUGUUAAGUUCAAGAGCAAGUAGUCGUACAAGCUCAAGUUCUAGCCACAGAUCGUUAUCAGCUAGUAGCAGAAUUGACUCUGCCAAACCAUGGAAAUAAACACUAACUUUCAUUCACACAUGCAAUUUAAUUUGUUUAUGGUUCUUUGGCAAGUAGUGUGACCUGCAUGUCACCAUAUAAUAGUCAGCAAGCAUGUAUAUACACUGUAUAGUUUGCCACUAGAGUAUAAGCAUUCACGUAUCUGACCUUCCCUAUAAGA